AUGGAGCCCAUGGAGCCCUUGAAUCAAUCUAUUCAAGAAGUGAUUGACCAGCAAUUCAGCAGUGUUCAAGCAACUGAGGAAGUGGAGCAGCGUCCAUUGAUUCAAGAUGAUAACUCAAUCAUCAUGGAACAUGAGCUUCCCAGUACCAGUAGUGCUAUAAUACAUUCAACUCCAUCCAGAACUGAGGUCUCUAGCUUUGCUCAGUUGGAAAAGAAAGCUAUUGACUCAUCAACAGUACCAAGCCCCUUCAAAAGAGCUCUCAGUUGGCCAGAUCCUAUAGCCAAAAUUGUAAAGAAACGACAAAGAGAAGCUGCGCCUAGUGUAGUGGCUUCAGCAGACUAUAAAAAUUACUUGAAAAGAAAGAUGGAAAAGAAAGAAGAAGAAGAGGAGAAGAAGAGAGAGCGAGCGUCAGAACGAGCUAGGAAGAAAGCAGAAAAAGAGCAAAUUAAGUCACAGAGAGAAGCUGAAAAGCAGAAAAAAAAGAAUGAAGGUCAGCAUAAAAAGAAAACUACAAGGACUAAGAGGUCAAUUUUUGUAACAUCUAGCGAGGAAGAAGACAUUUGGGAGGCCCAAGACUAUUCAGAUGGAGAUGGUGGGGAAGGAGGGAGUGGAAUGAAUAAGAAGAGAACACAGAUGAAGAAACCAGAGAAAGGACUUGAAAAAUCAUAUGAAGAGACUGGGAAGGAGAAAAAAAAGGUGACAAAUCAGCAAAAAAAGAAAACUACUAGGGCGAAGAAAUCAAUGUUCAAAGAAUUUUCAAGUGAGGAAGAAGCUAAUCCAAUUUGGGAGCCUCAAGAUGAGAAUAGAGAGGGAGAAAUUCUAAGAAAAAGAAAAAAAAACAACCAAUCAACAAUGGGAAACUCAAAGUCCAAAAUCGAGCUCAAUCUUUGA